UUCUCACUCAGUCUCAAGAUCAAAGUACAAAACAAUGGAGCUUGGCAAGAAACGGAGUCUGCUGCUGUUGAUGCUUUUUGCAGGACUAAUGAAAGCCAAGGCAUUGUCCUAUGAUUAUACAGCCAGCAUUGAGUGUUUAGCAGAACCUCACAAACCUCAGUACGGCGGAGGAAUAAUUAAAAACCCAGAGUUGAAUGGUGGCUUGAUGGGAUGGUCUACAUUUGGGAAUGCGACAAUGGAACACAGGGAAUUAAAUGGCAACAAAUUCCUCGUGGCUCGUACCAGAAACCAAUUCUUCGACAGUGUCUCCCAGAAGCUUUACUUGGAAAAGAACAAGCUCUAUACCUUCUCCGCUUGGGUACAAGUCAGUGACGGGAAUGCUGCAGUGAGGGCAGUAUUCAAAACAGUAACUGGGUUCAAGCAUGCCGGUGCAAUUGUUGCCGAGUCCAAGUGUUGGUCCAUGCUCAAGGGUGGCCUCACAGUGGAUGCGUCGGGCCCUGCUCAGCUUUACUUUGAAAGCCAUAACACCUCGGUUGAGAUAUGGGUUGAUAGCGUCUCGUUGCAGCCAUUCACCCAAGACGAGUGGAAGUCUCACCAGUUUGAAAGCUUGGAGAAGACAAAGAGAAGAGUCAGAAUCCACGCAAUGGAUGCACAAGGGAACCCCCUAGCAAACUCGAAGAUUACCAUCCAGCAAAAGGCAUCAGGAAAGCCAGUUGGUUGCGCUACUAACAAGAACAUCCUCGACAACACAGCCUACCAGAACUGGUUCACUUCGAGGUUUACACAUACAAGCUUUGAGGAUGAAAUGAAGUGGUACAGCACUGAACCAACCCAAGGCAAGGAGGACUAUUCGGUCGCAGAUUCCAUGAUGCAAUUAAUGAAACAACACAACAUCUUGGUCCGGGGCCACAAUAUUUUCUGGGACGAUCCUUCCUUCCAACCGAGCUGGGUUCCGUCCCUCCAACCCAAAGACCUUGCCGACGCAGCCAAUAAAAGGAUUAAUUCAAUAAUGUCAAAAUACAAGGGUCAAGUAAUCGCCUGGGAUGUUGUUAAUGAGAAUUUGCAUUUUAAUUUCUUCGAAAGUAAGCUCGGGCAAGAUGCUUCUAGCACCUUCUACAAAAUGGCUAAUGAUAUUGAUCCAGCGAUAACUUUGUUUAUGAACGAGUUCAAUACCAUAGAGGAGAGCGGAGAUUCAGCAUCGACACCGGCUAAGUACCUUGACAAAUUGAAAAGUGCCCAAGCUACGCUCGGUGCCAAUGGUAACCAGAUGGCUAUUGGGCUUGAGUCCCAUUUCAGCGUUCCAAACCUCCCUUACAUAAGAUCUUCUCUUGAUACUCUCGCUGCCACAAAGUUACCCAUUUGGCUAACAGAAGUGGAUGUAAAGAGCGAUCCCAAUCAGGCAAUGUUCCUAGAGCAAGUUCUGAGGGAGGGACAUGACCACCCUGGUGUUGCUGGCAUAAUAAUUUGGUCUGCCUGGAAGGCAGAGGGAUGUUACCGGAUGUGCUUGACUGACAAUAAUUUCCAGAACUUGGCAACCGGUGACGUUGUUGACAAGCUGUUGAAAGAAUGGGGAAUCAAGACCACCUUAGAAGGCAACACCGAUGCCGACGGUUUCUUUGAGGCCUCUCUUUUCCAUGGAGAAUAUGAAGUGAAAAUCACUCACCCGGCUGCAAUCGAUUCUUCCCAGUCUCGGAGAUUCAAGGUGGAACCUACACAUGCCUCUGAGGAAAACGCAAUGCUUCUCCAACUUAUCACAUGA